CCUCUCUACAGUCUCGUCUUCUCGUGAACAUGGCGAGCAUUCUGAAACGGCAGAUUGAUCUCCAGCAAGUAUCAGCCAAUACUUAUACAGUAUCUUGGCAUGUCGACUGGACUCUUGGUGCGACGCUUCAUGGAGGUUGUGUGGCUGCAGCUAUUCACCACACGGCCACAACUCAUCUCAUAACAGAUCCCGAGCUAGCAAGGCGGAACCAGCCCGACAUCCUAAAACUGCACCUCGAGUUCCUCCGCCAAUGUGGGCGAAGCCAGAGCACCAUCACGGUUUCGGUACUUCGAACUGGAGCCGCAACCAGCACCCUGCAACUACAGCUCUCGCAGAAUGGCCAGCUCAAGGUCCUUGCCCUUGCCACAUCCACCAACUUCGACAAGGUGCUCGGGCCGACCGUCCCGACCGCCUGGACACUCCUCCCUGCGCCCAAACCCAGCCCCGAUUUCAGGGGGUGUGUCUCCGCGCGCAGGCCUGACCCGAACUGGCUUACCGCACGCAUGUCGGGAGAGGUCCUCGGCUUUACGGGCCACAUGCUCGUGCUCAACCCGCGCGGAAGGUUCCCCGUCGACGGCAUCCACGACGCCUGGUACGGCUUCACGCCCGCCCACAAGCACGAGCGCAUGGACGCGACUUACCUGGCGCUCAUGACGGACGUGAUCCCGUCCAUGUCGGACACGCUCAUGCGCAAUGGGGGGUUGUACGAUGCACACGGGUUUCUUAAGAAGCUGGAACGCUGGGAAGAGGAAUUUCCUGGUGUGCCGGCUGAGGUUACCGCCUCCUUGGCCGAGGCGGUCAAAGCGGAGACGUACAACGCCACGGUUACUUUGGACAUUGAGUUUAAGAGGAAGCUUCCGCCUCAGGGUCUAGAGUGGAUCUUUACGCGGACUGUGACCAAGAUGCUGGAAGCGGGCCGGAUGGACUUGGACAUCACCAUCUGUAACGAGAGGAUGGAGCUGGUCUGCACGGCGCAGCAGCUUAUUUUGGUGCUGGAGGCGCAGAGAAAGUUCCGUGGUGGACGGGAGGGGAAGAUGGACGGCAAGGCUGUGCUUUGAGUCGGUAACCGACAGUUUCCCUUCUCCAAUCAUAACGCUGUUGCACGGAUGAAGGGAUGGAUUGAUUGGAAUUCUGAGCGGCCAGGAAGUUGGAUAUUUGCCGAAUCAGCGGCCGAGUGCCGGGAAAACAACACCUCGGAGCAGAUGAGUAGGCGCACAAUGGACUACAGCAGCGUCCUACCCUGCGUGUCCAUGCUGGGAUAGAUCGGGUCAGACUCAAGGUCGGUCGUGUCGGGUAGAAAGAAGCCUAUAAAACGGAUGAUGGGAUUGACGGUGCCCUUAAUAACUUGGAAGGUAUCAUUAGACUUGGUGAAUUUUGACCAAAUCUUCGGCUGGUAAGGACAUGAGGGCCUCGACAUGUAGCAUAGUGCCGUUCGAUGCCGAGUCUAAACUCUAAAGGGGCU